AUGUACACGUGGGGGCUGCUGGGGCUGGUGGUGCUACUGCUGGUCACCUCGCUGCCAGCUGGCCACCCUGCGCCACCGGCCAGCCCUCCGGCCCUGCGGAGCAGUUUGGGUAGUCCUUUCUCAUGUCAGCUGUCCAGGACAGAGUCGGAGCUCAGGUGCCGUGUCCCAGGGGGGAAGCUGUGCAGUGAGAGAGGCAGAUGUGAGUGUGGAGUCUGCAUCUGCCAAGUGACUGAGUCUGGCAAAUACUAUGGGCCACUCUGUGAGUGCCACAGCUGGAUGUGCGAGGUCUACGAUGGGAAGAUUUGCGCAGGACAUGGGAAGUGUGAUUGUGGGAAGUGCAAAUGUGAUGAAGGCUGGUAUGGUGAAGCUUGUCAGUAUCCAACUACUUGCAAUCUUACACGCAAGAAAAGCAAUGAAAUGUGCAAGAAUUCUCAAGAUAUCAUCUGUUCUGGUGCAGGCACAUGUCAGUGUGGCAGGUGUAAAUGUGCAAACCCAGAAGGCAAUGGACUGAUCUAUGGUAAAUUUUGUGAAUGUGAUGACAGAGAAUGCAUAGAUGAUGAGACAGAAGAGAUUUGUACAGGCCAUGGAAAGUGUUACUGUGGAAACUGUUACUGUGAAGCUGGUUGGCAUGGAGAUAAAUGUGAAUUCCAGUGUGACAUCACCCCCUGGGAGAUCAAGAAAAGAUGCACAUCUCCAGAUGGCAAAAUCUGCAGCAACAGAGGCACAUGUGUAUGUGGGGAAUGCACAUGCCAUGAUGUAGACCCAACUGGUGACUGGGGAGAUAUUCAUGGAGAUACUUGUGAGUGUGAUGAAAGAAACUGCAAAGCAGUAUAUGACAGAUAUUCUGAUGACUUCUGUUCAGGUCAUGGACAGUGUAAUUGUGGAAGAUGUGACUGUAAAGAGGGAUGGACUGGGAAGAAGUGUGAACAUCCAAGUUCUUGCCCAUUGUCAGUUGAGGAAAGUGCCAAAAAAUGCCAAGGAAAUUCUAAUUUGCCUUGCUCUGGAAGAGGGAGAUGUGAAUGUGGCGAAUGCACUUGUUUCCCUCCAGGAGACAACAGAGUUCAUGGCAAGAACUGUGAAUGUGAUGAUAGACAGUGUGAAAAUGCAGACAGCGGUGUCUGUAGUGGCCAUGGUAUCUGCUCAUGCGGCCGAUGUAUUUGCCAGGAUGGAUGGUUUGGAAAGUUGUGCCAGCAUUCAAGGAAGUGCAACAUGACGGAGGAGGAGAGCAGAAGUCUCUGCGAGUCAGCAGAUGGCAUAUUAUGCUCAGGGAAGGGUUCCUGCCACUGUGGAAAGUGCAUCUGUUCACCACAGGAAUGGUACAUUUCGGGAGACUUCUGUGAAUGUGAUGACAGAGACUGUGACAAACAUGACGGUCUCAUUUGCACAGGCAACGGUGUUUGUAGCUGUGGAAACUGUGAGUGCUGGGAAGGAUGGAAUGGAAAUGCUUGUGAAAUCUGGCUGGGGAAAGAAUACCCUUAACAAAGGACAUCAAAGACUGGCGAGGUUUUUUUGUCUGUGUCCCUUUGGGCUGCUAGAACAUUUCAUUUCAGAAGUACUCAGUGUGUGGGUGUGGGUGUGCAUGCAUGAACACGGGUGUAAACACGCUAGAAAAAUCAUUUCAGAGCCUGGUCCUUAAAGAAAUUCAUGGCAAAGCCUUGGGAGCAGGACAGUUCAAGCUCAUAAAAUAGGUAAAGUCAUAAAAUAGUGUCCCCGUGGA